AUGUGGCUGCCCCUGGCGGAAUACGCAUACAACAAUGCUAAACACGCCUCCACAGGGAAGUCCCCCUUUGAAUUAGUCUACAGGAGGAGUCCAGUAAUGAACCCAUCCAAUGUACUGGCUAACGUCCCUGAAGUGGAUCAAGUAGCAGACACCCUUGCCAAAGAAUGGAAGGAAGCUGAAGCAGCCCUCAAGAUGAGUAAGGAAAGGAUGUCCAGAGAUAAGGGAACAAUACCAGAGUACUUGGUUGGCAAGGAAGUCUGGCUAGACAGGAAGAACGUAGAACUCAGGACUAAUUCAAACAAAUUAGAUCCCAAAUGGCUAGGCCCCUUUCAGGUUGUGGAGAAGAUCUCUAGCCAUGCAUACUGUCUGAAACUUCUGGAAACCAUGAAAAUCCACAAUGUGUUCUACAUAGGACUACUUUCCAAGAAAAAUGAGUCCCCAAGUCAACCAUUCCCAGACAAACCCCCUCUGGAGACAAUAGAAGGGGAAGAAGAGUACAAAGUGGAACAAAUCAUUGACUCAAAGAGACAACAAGGAAAAUGGUUCUACCUCAUCAAAUGGAAAGGAUACAGCCUGGAAGACAACUCAUGGGAACCAGAGGAACUUCUGAAACAUAGUCAAGAAGAGAUCAAAUGCUUCAACAAAGCACAACUGAGAAAUGCUUGUGACUCUGCCAAGAGCCUUUAA